CGGCCUCAUCUCCGCCUCAACAACCUCCUCAUCAGCGUCUACUCUUCAUUAGUAUUAUUUAUCUCUCAUUAUUUGACUCUAAAACCCACCUAUAUUUGUGCUCUUAGUAUUUCGGAGUUUCGCUCGAUUAGCAGUUCGUGAGGGACCGCGCUGCAUCUUAGAGGCCACCGUUAUCAUAGAGCUCCCCAGUCCCGCACCAGAGCUUCGACACAUUUGCUCCACAUAGUUGGCCUUUUUGCGACUUCCCAGCUUUUUGUCUCCUGCCAACGCAUUUUGAGCUUGACGGAUGUCUCUGAUGGAUACAGGGGCCGGAACCAGUGUCAAGGGUCUCACCCUCCAUGUAUUGUGUCCGUCUUUGCCAUCGCCGAACCGUUUCACCUUCAGAGGCCUGCCUCUCUCCAUCACGGUUGCCGACCUUAAAGUUCGCCUUUCAGAAUCGAUCCCUUCCCAACCAGCGCCAAAAAGCCAGAAGCUAUUAUAUCUCGGAAAGAUACUUGCAGAUGACAGCGUAACCUUGCAGUCGCUGUUCGGAUCACUGGAUAGUGACGAGGUCUCAGUGCACCUUAUACUUCCUCCUUCUCCCCCGCAGCCCGCAGACCCAACCAAACCUACUACGAGUACCUCAGACCCUUAUCAUGCCAUCACUCAUAGACACAACCAAUCGCACAACCAUGGGUUACAUGCUCAGCAAAUAAGGUACAGAGCGCCUAAUCCUUUGAGGCGGGAUGAAAUUGCUCAGUCCUUGCACGAAAAUGCCCGCCGUCGCCUCGCCGAAAUACGACCACGAACGCUUCCUCAAUCUCAAUGGCCAAGGCCGCCGCAUUGGGCGUCGCGGCAGCAGGAUCCCCAUCUGCCGCCUUAUAUACCAGGACCAUCAGUUCCAGCUACCCAAACUACUGCGCCAUUCUCUUCCUUGCCAAGCCUGUCGGUCAUGGACUUAGGGGAGGGCCUGCAACUUCCUGAAGAGGCUCAACCACGUCUAAGGCUGCUGAGACAGUACAUCGGCUUAGCUGAAGAACAACUAAACUGCGGAAUUGUGCCCACAAUAGACCAUGUGAUUCAAUUACGAACACAUCUUUUCAAGCUGCUCGAUGAUCAACUCCAACGGCCGCCGUCUGAACGCGGCGAAUAUAUUGAGCCAUUAAUCACCCGCGUUUUUGACAUUUCUACCCGCGCGGAUGAGCUUCGCCAGCCUCGUUUCCUGCCUACUCAAAAUGGCCCCUCACAUGAUUCGAUGGGCCAGCUGUACCUAGUCUCUUCACCUAGUGGUUACCAGGCUCUAUGUGCGUCUUCACUAACUGCCCCGGGCGCCGUUCGGACAAUUGGUACAGCGCAAACACUCGGAACGGAAUCUUCCACCAAUGGCCAGCAACCCAAUGCACAGCCAAACGCAGACGCUGCGGUUAUGGAAAAUGUCGUUCGUCACGCUGUCUUGAACCAAAGACCUGCAGCCGACGGACAGUUUGGCUUGGGGCGCAAUUUGAGACGGCUGUGGCUUUUUAUGCGACUUUACUUUUUCUGCCAUAUGUUCAGCCAACCUGGUUCUCAAACGCGACUACUCUAUGUGACCCUCGCUGUAAUAGCUGCAAUUCUUUCAGAAACUAGCGUCCCAAGGCGGCUAUACGAGAUGAUUUUUGCUCCUGUCCAGCGACAUCUCGAAGGGCUGGUGCACUUUGCACCAGAGCCAGCGCCGCAGGGUGCAGAAGCAACAACCAACCAAGGAGUCAGAGUGCAGACUGAUCGCGAGGCAAGUUGGGCCGCUGGGGCAUACCGUAAUUUACGAAGGGUGGAGCGGUCGGCGGCCCUUUUUAUUGCCAGUCUAGUACCUGGUGUGGGAGAGAGGCACAUUGAGGUACGCAACGCGGCGGAGGCUGCGCGGAAUGCUGAAAUAGCACGACAGGAGGAAGAGCGACGUCAGCAAGAAGAAGUGGUAGUUGCAGAGAACCCAGGGGAGCACCCACUCGGGGUAGACGACGGAGCCGGUAAUUCUGAACGAGAUUCUCACACCAACACAGGGGCCGAAGCUCCGAACGUGCCCCAGACUGCGAUACCCCAAGAAGCACACUAGGUACAACUUAGGUACUAGUUGUGUUUCUGCUUGCACCUUUUAUACUUGGCGUUACUGUUUGGAAUUAGCGUAGAUAUCGUUAUUGGGUUCGAAAUAUGGAGUGUGUUAAAUAGCGUCAUGCCUUUCUUCAACCAACAGGCAACCGUAUAGAUAGCGUAUCUAGUCUAUAAGAUUUGGGUAUAUGCAAGUCUGCGUAGCUUCUAUAACUUUGUUCCUAGCCUCAGCUCACCAUCUACUGGAACUGUCGGCUCUGUCAUAGGCCCCGUAUCAAACGACUCCUCCCCAUUGAAAUGCCACCCUCUCUCCGCACCACCGCUCAGAAAGCUGCAAUCCCCAUUCACCACACAGUCCCACCCACCCCCGACUCCCCUCCCACCUUCCCAUUCCGGCACAAUUGUGACAUCUGGGUUCUCAAUCCUCGUCCCAUCUGCCAGGAGACCCUUCCCCGGUUCUGACGCAGCAGGC